CAUAAACAAAACAGAACCCGGAAGUGUGGGGCUGAACGUUUUCGCCGUGUUUGCUGGUCACGACCCAAAAAAGUCUGACGUCACCAUGAACGCCUUACGAGUGUUGACGUCGUGGACUAGUUACGUUAGGUGAUAUAUAUUUAAAAUAUAUAUUAAGGAAAAAAAGGUUAGGUGAUAACCACGCGAGCAUGGCAACGUCAGCGGGGCUGCCGCUUCUCGCCGAAGACCCAGCAGCCCCUUGUCCUGCUGGCAGGCCGCCGCAGCCGCCUGCACCUACAGCGCCGCCUCGCACGCAUCAGACCGUUCUGGCUGCCGGCGUCAUGGUGGAAUCCGUGGAUGACGCAGAGGGUCUUUUCGUGGCGGUAGAGCGGUGCCCGCUGUGCAGCACGUCCCGCCGAAGGCUGACGUGUGCCCGUUGCGUGCAGGCCGGAGACUUCGUGUACUUGGACGGCAGAAACGCGGAGAGGUACGCAGACAAGAUGGCAAGGCUAAAGACGCUGAAAGACGAGAAGGAGCAGCUGCAGCAUCGGGUCAUCCACAGCAUGCGCAAGAAGUUGCGGACCGACGAGACGAAGUGGAAGAUGAUGUGGUGCCGCGUGAAGAUGGAACAAAUCAGCCAGGCGCUGACCUGCGCACGCCAAGAAGUCAAGAUCGACAAAGAGCUGCUACUGCACUCCCAGGAGGAACGUCAGCGCCUUCAGCGCCGCGCGAACCGCCACCAGCAGAAGCAGGAGAAAAUCGAGCGACACAACCGGCGCCUGGCCGAACUGCUGGAGCGACGCAAGCGAGAGCUGGGCGAGCGACUCACUCAGCUGGCGGCCACGCGGCGCGAGCACAUCGCCGAAUUGAUGGCGCACAUCUUCCCCACGCGGGAAGAGAAGGCCUGCAGCAGAGACCCCGCCGAUGUGGCAUCCGAGUGCGAGGCAGCAUUGACGUCCAGCACGGUGAGCGAGCUGGCGGAGGCGCGCAGGACCACCUACCUGUCAGGCCGCUGGAUCUGGGACGACCAGAACGGCGAGACUAGCGUCAGCAUCGCGGGGCCCGCCGCCACCCUGCCUAGCAACGGAGACUGCUCCGCCUACUACAGCUGGGUGGACGAGAAGAGCGCCAAGCACGGCCCGGUGCCGCCCGGGGUGUCCCUUUCAGAACUGGACCACAUCAACCCGGCCCACACCAUCAGCGCCGCUCUGUGCUACGCCACGCAGCUGCUCACCGUGUUGUCGCACAUCUUGGACGUGGGGCUGCCCAAGAAGCUGUGCAACAGCGAGUUCUGCGGCGACAACCUGAGUCGCUACCGAUUCACGCGCGCACUCAGCAAGCUCAACACCAACACGCUGCACCUGUGCUUUUCACAGCACGUGGACUAUGACAAGCUCCACCCACACCACACCCUCCGCAACAUCAUGUUCCUGGUCUCGGCCGACAAUGCCAACCUGGGCAGGACGGGUCCAUUUGAGAUGAGCGCCGACCUGGAGGAGUCGAUGGAGUUGGUGGAGCCCGAGGCCUCGGGAGCUGCCGAGGAGAGCGGAGACGAGGCCGUCACCGAUGACGAGACUGACCUCGGCACCGACUGGGAGACCGUGCCCAGUCCGCGAUUCUGCGAUAUACCAUCGCAGCCGAUGGAUCUCUCCCAGAGUGCGCUGCAAGUGUCUCAGCCGUCUGUCAUCACCGGAGGGAUGAUCUCAUCUGCGGCGGCCUCCUUCACAUCUUGGGUCCGAACGUACACGGGCCAGCGCUGACCUGUCCACCUUUGGCCCUCGCAACAUGGAUGGAGGGGGGUGUUGUGCAGCGAGGACAGCGUCCUGGAGGCCGUGUGGUGCCAAUGGAAUGGUUCUUUCUAACCCUGUUCUAGAAGGCAGGCUGAGGAGGGCUGUGACGUCACCAUCACACUCGUCGGCAUUUCUUUGGCGGGGUGGCAUCGGACUCUGCUGCACUUUUUUCUAACCCUGUGGUCUGAAACUUCUGAACGUUGCCCAAUGGCUGAAAAUACUGCGGCCCAUCACCCCAAUUUAUGUGGAUGUGGCGAAUUGUCAUUUCUUUAUGGGUUGUAUUUUUAAAGUUUGAAGUGGGUAUAAGGGAUGGGCGCGUACUGAUAUCAGGUCUAGGUAUAAGGUCAAAACCGGCCUUAUAUUAAGGGAUCAGUAUUUCCUGGAGGGCGUCGAUACUAGCCACUGAUACUUAAUCUGACUAAGUCCUCGUCAGCAGUAGUUGCCGCUAUACCGCAGCAGUUUGACACAUCAGCAAAUUGUCUGCCUCAGAAAAAAAACUUUUGUUUGCAAUCUUUUCUUAGUGUGUUAAAGUGUGUUAAAUGACAUUUCUAAAGUCUGUAGGGAAUAGUACUCGACGAGCAAAUACUUGCACUGGUAUGCAAAACAGCGGUGUCCAACAUCCCUCAUAGAGAUGUCCACCUCAAUUCGAGCGCGUUCGUCCCGUUGUUCACAACUGUGUUUAACUGUGUUAAGUUGGUGGUCAAGGACACGUGUAGUAAUGUUAACAAAAGAUUUCUACUUAUUUAAGCAGAAGAUAUUUCACGUGUGUUUUUCCCCCAACGUCUUGCUUUGGCUUUGUAAUGCUUUGACAAAGUCCACCAGACCUGAGACUUGUACUGGCAUGUGCUUCGGGUCCACAAAGAAGCCAGAGUGUAAAAGCAGGGCAGCAUCUCGAAGAGCCUCGAUGGACGUGGGGCUGUCCAAGAAGCUAUGCAACAGGUGGCGCCGCACCAAAACACGCUCCUGACUCUUGGCUGCGUCGCACUACUUACGUCCAUCAGCCAAGCAGCUGACGGCACGGCGUUUUGUGCCAAGAGCCAGCCCAUUGAUUGAUGCCCAGUGGAAGGGAAAAGUGACUAUGACCGCAGACUUUCAUGGUCAUCCUGGAUGAAUAUUUGCUGUCGCUAUGGAAUGUUCUUUUUUAAUAAAAACCUUUUUUGGUUUUCGUUCUUCACAUCA